GCUCGUCUUCCAGAUGGAUGUACUCUUCAAUUCAAUCGACGUUCGGGAUUUACUAUCUUCACACGAUCUAGACGACUCUUCGCCGCUCGCCGCCCCAGAUCUUCGCCUCCUCAUCGAUCGUCUCCAAGUCCGGUCACUCGACAUUAAGUCCAAAGUUCACAAUUACAUAGUCUCUCACAAUGAUGACUUCUCUGCCCUAUUUUCUCGCUGCUCCGACGCUGUUAUUAACUCUGAGCAACUGUCCUAUCAAGUAUCCAACCUCGUCAAUCUAUUAUCAUCGGAUCGUCAACCGAUCGAUGUCAAGAUCAAAGAAACAGUCGAACAGGUUAGGAGGAAACGCAUUGAAACGAAGGAGAAGAAGGAAACGCUAGAUUUAGUGAAGGUAGUGUUGAAAUUGAGCCAGGAGUUGAGUGUUGUGGAGAAUGAUUUGAAGGUUGGAAAGGUCGUUGAGGCGGCGAAGGCCCUUACAGACUUGAAGGUGGCGUUACGAAUAAGAGAUAAUGUGGAAGAUCGCUCGGGGGAAAGGGAGCCGAUGGUAUUUGGUUUGUUAAGAAAGAAAUGGACAGAUUGCUUCGAAGAGAUACAAGAGGUGCUAGUGAAGUUUGUGGAAAAUGCAGUGAGAUUCGAUCAGCAGUCCAACGCUGUUUAUGUCAAGAAUACAAUGGCUAUGAAUGAUAUUCAAGCGGUCGAGCUUAAUACUGUAUUGAAAGCAAUGCAUGUGGUUGGCAUUUUAGAUUAUGGGCUCGCCAAAGUAGCAGACUUGAUGACCAGAUAUGUGAUAGCUCCUGCAGUGCAGAGUGGUCCUCAUAGUUUUUCUGUAGAAGAGAGAACGCUAGAUUCAGGAUGUAUGGCUGAGGUAGUUCUGAGGAUAACUCCGCCUUCUGAUCCUCAGGUUGAGAACUUGGAUGCUGAAACCAUAUAUUCUGGAAUUAAUGUGGUCAUUCAAUUUAUUUUCAACUUUAUUUGCUUUAAAAAUUCUUCCUGGAUGCGGUACUUUGGAAGAUUGACAUGGCCCCGGAUGUCGGAAUUGAUUAUUUCAAACUUCCUUUCUAAGAUUGUUCCUAACGAUGCAUCCAAACUUGCUGACUUCCAAACAAUAAGACAACUCACUUUUGAGUUUGAGUCAUCUCUUAAAGAAAUUAUGUUCAUCUCCUCUGGCAAAGAUGAAAGGUUGAGCAACUUUGCCGAUAAUGUUGAAGUUCAUUUUGCUACAAGGAAGAAGGUUGAAAUUUUAGCAACAGCCAGGGACCUGCUUUUACAUUCAGAUUUUAAUCUUCCUAAGGACUAUUCAAGGAAUAAUGCAGAAUUCAAGAAUGGUGGUACUGUAGACUUACUUUUCUCGUCUGAGAGGUGUGUCAUAUCUGAAGCAGCUUCGCAGCUAAUUGAACUUGUGCAUCAAACACUCAAGGAUGUUUGCUUGUCAUCUGCAACAGUGGCUUUAGAAUUCUACCAUGCUGCUAGGGAUGCUCUACUUCUAUAUGAAGCUGUUAUUCCUGUUAAGCUAGAAAGACAGCUGGAUGGUAUCAACCAGGUUGCCGUUCUCAUUCAUAAUGAUUGCCUAUUCCUAUCACAGGAGAUUCUUGGCCUUGCAUUUGAGUACCAGUCCGACUUUCCGACUUCCAUGAAGGGAGCUGUGUUUAUUGAUUUGGGUAUAAGAUACAAGCUGAUGGCAGAAGAGAUAUUACAAAGACAAAUACAGCUUGUUAAACAUAAUUUGAUGGAGGCCGUUGAUGGUGCUGAUGGAUUUCAGAACACCCAUCAACCAAAGCGAUACGAAUCUGCAAAAUUCAGUAUUGAUCAGGUAGCUUUUAUCCUUGAGAAAGUGCGCAUAAUAUGGGAGCCACUGUUGCUACCGUUGACGUAUAAGGGAAGUAUGUGCACAGUCGUGGAGGCUGUAUGUUCUAGAAUGACCAAAGAUAUACUGCUUUUAGAUGACAUUGCAGCCGAAGAAACAUUACAGCUUCAAAGGUUAAUUCAUAUGCUGCUGGAAAGCCUUUCUGCUUUAUUGGAGUCGCUGGUUGCUAUGAAUCAAACAACAAAACCACAAGACGCAUCAUCAGGCUCUAUUGAUGAUCUGAUACCAUCACUGAGUCGACUACGAAUAUUGGCAGAUAUGUUGGACUUGCCUCUGAAGUCCAUUACUGCAAGUUGGGAAAGCGGGGAGCUGGCCAAGUGUGGUUAUACUUCAUCUGAGGUGAGAGACUUCAUCAAAGCAAUAUUUACAGAUUCACAGUUACGAAAAGAAUGCUUGUGGAGGAUCGAAAAUAUCAAGUUUUAAUUAAUAUAAGGUUUUGCUGCAAGAAUAGAAGAAAUGUAGGUUUUGGUUUUAUUUUAUUAAUCUCCAUUGUAUAUACCCCUCCCUUAUGUAUACUAAAAGAAAAAGCUCUCUCAUUAUGUCUCA